GUGCUCGGGGGAGAGAGACUAAGACGGAUAACGCGUCAUCUCGCCUUCCCAAAUUUUCCCCCCUCGCUAGACCGGGUCCAAAAUCUCCAUCCGGAGCCGGCAGGAGAGGGGAACGAUGUUCAACUCGGUCAACCUGGGCAACUUCUGCUCGCCGUCGCGCAAGGAGAGGGGCGCUGAUUUCGGCGAGCGGGGGAGCUGCGCCUCCAACCUCUAUCUGCCCAGUUGCACUUACUACGUGCCCGAGUUCUCCACGGUCUCCUCCUUCCUGCCCCAGGCCCCCUCUCGUCAGAUCUCCUAUCCCUACUCGGCCCAAGUGCCCCCGGUCCGGGAGGUCUCCUACGGCCUGGAGCCCUCUGGCAAGUGGCACCACCGGAACAGCUACUCCUCCUGCUAUGCGGCGGCCGACGAGCUCAUGCACCGGGAGUGCCUGCCUCCUUCCACCGUCACCGAGAUCCUCAUGAAAAACGAAGGAUCCUACGGCGGCCACCACCACCCCAGCGCCCCGCACGCAGCCCCCGCCGGCUUCUACUCCUCAGUCAACAAGAACAGCGUCCUGCCUCAAGCCUUUGACCGCUUCUUCGACAACGCCUACUGCGGCGGCGACGCGCCCGCCGAGCCCCCCUGCCCGGGCAAGGGCGAGACCAAGGGGGAGCCCGAAGCGCCUCCAGCCUCGGGACUGGCGUCCCGGGCGGAGGUGGGUGCGGAGGCCGAGGAGGAGAACACGAAUCCCAGCUCGUCCGGUUCAGCCCAUUCGGCCGCCAAGGAGCCGGCUAAGGGAGCCGCCCCCAACGCCCCCCGCACCCGCAAGAAGCGCUGCCCUUAUUCAAAAUUCCAGAUCCGGGAACUGGAGCGAGAGUUUUUCUUCAACGUGUAUAUCAACAAAGAGAAGCGGCUGCAGCUGUCCCGGAUGCUGAACCUGACUGACCGACAAGUGAAAAUUUGGUUUCAGAACAGAAGGAUGAAAGAAAAAAAACUGAGCAGAGACCGGCUGCAGUAUUUCUCGGGAAAUCCUCUGCUGUAACCCGCAGAUCAGGGGCCCUUUUUUUGGGGGGGAGGGGAAAUUAUUUUAUUUUAUUUUUAUUUUUUAUUUUCUAAUUCGCCUUCUUUCCGCGGGUGGAAAACUGGACUGUGGCCAGGGCUGGCCCCCACUCGCGUUGCCGGCACUUCUUUCUGGAACCUCCUUCACCUUCGGUCUGACUCUCGUGGUGGGACAGGGACCAGGCUGGAAAGGGGGUGAAGGGAAGUGUCUGACCCACGGCGGGUGAACACCGUGGACGCUGAGGCCAAGACUCUUUAUUUAAAAGAAAAUACACUUCGCGACAAUGUCUUGCUGCUCUGAUUGGGUGAGGGAAAGGGAGAGAGUAGUGGGCGCCUGACGAACAAACCUUGAAUUCAAAACCUUCCCUUGCUCAAGUGAAAAGAUCCACUGAGACUUGGUGUCUGCGAGGGCUCCCCGCCCCACGCCCACCUCUCGCCCCACUGCUAGGGGCAGCUAAAUGUGAUCCCGCCUUGCUGUGAAAUUUCUGUACCUUUGACCUGGUGUUAGGUGUGCAAAGUCCGUGUCCUACCUCCGUCUGUGCCCAGGCCCCGCCUGAGCCUAGUUAUUCCCCCCAGAAAAGUGUGGAGUCCUCCUUUGAAAUUUCUUAACUGACGCAUUGAGGUUUCCUAACCUUUUCCCAAGCCGUGCCCCACUCCAUGGAUUUAUAGUUAUAGUCUAUGCAGUUGGUAUCUUCGUCUUCUUUUUUUUUUUUUUUUAAGAGAGAAAAAAAGAGAGAGAUUGGGGUGGAGGAAGCAGUAGAGAGAUGAGAUUGGGUGCCCCCCCCCAGGGCCUGAAUUUUUGUAAAUACAUUUCACAAGCUUUUCUUUCUACCCAGAGGGGUUAGGGGGCGGAUGAUGCGCCUGGAAUGCAAUUCGAAUCACCCAUCUCUCUUCACGUGUGUGCCUGCGUGUGUAUGUGUGCAAUGCCCAUCCUGCUCCCAUCCCAGAGGGACUGAUGUGAAUUUUUUUUUUUUUUGGUGGCAAAUAAAGAUAUUUCAUUCUGUUCAA